AUGGAGGGUAUAGAAAGUAGUAGUAAUAUUCCAGGUUACAACAUAACAUUAAAAUGGGUAAAAAAUAUAUUUUCACGAUCAUUAAGAGUUUCUAAUAACGUUCCCAAGCACGUGGGGUUUAUUAUGGAUGGUAAUAGACGAUAUGCCAGGAAAAAUGGGAUAGAAGUGAAAGAAGGUCAUGAAACUGGAUUUUUCACAAUGAGUAAAAUUCUAGAACUUUGUUAUGAAUCAGGUGUUACAUGUGCUACUGUUUAUGCAUUUUCCAUUGAAAAUUUUAAGAGAUCUCCUUACGAAGUGGAUGCUUUGAUGAAUUUGGCAAGAUUAAGAAUUAAACAAAUUGUAGAUAAAGGUGAAAUGGCUGAAAAAUAUGGUAUAAAAGUGAAAAUUAUUGGUGAUACUAGUUUAUUAGAUGCUGAUCUUAUAAAGGAUAUACAGAAUGCAAUGGAAAUUACUAAAAAUAAUAAUAGAGCCAUAUUAAAUAUUUGUUUUCCAUAUACCGGUAGAGAAGAAAUUUAUCAUUCAAUGAAAGAAUGCAUGGCGAAAUACUGUGAUAAUGGAGAACCAGAAUUCAAAAUCAAUGAAUCCUCCCUUGAUUUAAAUCUUUAUACGGGCGGUGAACCGCCAUUAGACUUACUGAUUAGAACAAGUGGUGUAGCAAGAUUAAGUGAUUUCAUGCUUUGGCAGAUAAGUAAUAAAGGUGUGGUGAUAGAACUGAUAGAUUGUUUAUGGCCAGAUUUUGGUCCUUUAAGGAUGGCAUGGAUACUUUUGAAAUUUGCGUUCCAGAAAUCUUUUUCAAAUAGAACUAAAAAGUUUGAAGAAGAAGAUAUAGACUUAGAUGAAGAUUACGCUAAUGGAUCCAAAAAAGACAUAUAG